ACAACUGUCACUGCUGCGGCUCAGUUCACAACACUGUCCGACCAGGAAGUCAAAAAUCGGUGUUACUGUCCCUCCGUGACCAUGUUAUGUUUGCAGGCUGCACACGCAGGCAAUCGCACUAUGUGACUUGUUUCAAAAUGAGUAAGAGGAAAGGCAAAGUGAUCGGCGAUGUGACAACUGUCAAGAGCCGUCGGCUGACAGCUGUGGGCUCGGAAGAUGCAGCAGAUGAUACAAACCAUCAGGGACCAUCCUCCAGCAGCUUUGCUCACUCUGCCACGGGAGACAUCGGCCUCAUUGAAAGCAUCACUCUAAAGAAUUUCAUGUGUCACCACUAUCUCAGUCCGUUUCACUUUGGGCCCAAUGUGAAUUUCAUUGUUGGCAACAAUGGAAGUGGAAAAAGUGCCAUCCUGACUGCGUUGAUCGUCGGCCUCGGUGGAAAGGCCACUGUCACCAACAGAGGAGUGUCUCUUAAGGAUUUCGUGAAGACUGGUGAAAAUACUGCAGAUAUCACAGUAAAACUGAGAAACAGAGGACCAGAUGCUUAUAAAAGAGACCUCUACGGCGACUCCAUCUCCAUCGAGCAUCGGAUCUCGAGCGAUGGAUGUCGGACCUGCAGGCUGAAGAGCAAAUCAGGACAACUUAUUUCAAACAAGAAGGAGGAACUGAAUGCCAUUUUGGACCACUUCAACAUCCAGUUGGAUAACCCAGUCUCCAUUCUCAGCCAGGAAAUGAGUAAGCAGUUCCUGCAUUCGAAAAGUGAAUCAGACAAGUAUAAGUUCUUUAUGAAAGCGACUCUGCUGGAACAGAUGAAGAGGGACUACAUCCAUAUCAAGCACACUAAAACAGUCACACGACAGCAGGUUGAGAGACAAGAAGAGUGUCUCAAGGACUUGAAGCAAGAGUUUCUACAAAGGAAGGAGAGGUAUGAAAAUUUAUCGUCUUUCAGUGAGAUGAAGGUCGUUCUGGAGAAUCUGAAGAAAGCAAUGGCGUGGUGUUUGGUUAGAGACAAGGAGCAGUUGGUUCAACAGUUGAAGGAGGACAUUGAAAAAGAGGAGAAUAAUUGCAAACAUCAGGAUAACCUUCAGCUCUGGCAGACUAAAGUCAUACAAGUAGAGAAGAAGCUUCAGUGCAUCAAAAGCAGAACUGACGGUCUGAGAGAGGAGCAGGACUCUCUAUCAGAGGAAAAUCUCAAGUUGAAAGAGCAAGUUAAAGUCAUUAGCAGAGCUCACAAGGAACAGGAGCUUGUUUAUUUUCGGGCUCUGAACAAACUCAAACAGUCAGAGCAGGAGCAAAACCUUCUUCAGGAGAAAAUCAACAAGGCAAAAACAAGUGUAAGCCUGAACAGUGAUGUUGAGACACAAUAUACAAAACGACAGGGGACCUUAUCCAGUAUGAAACAGCAGCUUGCAGAGCUCGAGAACAAGUGCUCGCAGCUGAAUCAAGAGAUCAAGAACAAACAUCAGGCGCUUUUCAAAGGAAAGGAAGAGCGCGACAAGCUGAGACUGGAGGAGAGAAAUAUCCAGGCUUCAUACGAGUCCAAACUGAAGAGGAAGAAUCAGCUCCUCGCCAGUCGAUCAAACAAACUGAAGCGGUUUGGAGAUCAUGUACCCGACCUGCUGUGCUCGAUUGCUGAGGCUUAUGCUACAGGACGCUUUCUCAAGAAACCUGUUGGUCCGAUAGGGGUGUGUAUCAGUUUGAAGGAUCCCACCUUAGCUGUAGCUGUGGAGUGCUGCCUGCGCAGCUUCAUGAAGGCUUUCUGCUGCGACAACUACAAGGACGAGGCGGUCCUUCAGGAGCUCAUGUCUCGCUAUUACCCAAAGGGCAACAGGCCGCAGAUCAUCGUCAGCCCAUUCUCUGAAAUUUACAACAUACAUGGACGGAAAGCAUGUCAUCCAGAAUAUCCAUCUGUGCUGGACAUAAUCACAGCAACAAGCCCCGUCAUCAUCAACUGCCUGAUUGAUAUGAGAGGGAUUGAAUCAGUUCUAAUAAUCAACGAGAAAGACAAAGCGAGGAAGGUCAUGCAGCAAGGCAGGCCGCCAAAAAACUGCCGUGAAGCCUUCACUGUGGAGGGAGAUCAGGUUUAUCCAAACCGUUACUACACCUCUGACUUCAGCAUGGCCAAAUAUCUCGGUGGGGAUCUUGAAACUGAAAUAAGUAUGCUGGAGUCAGACCUGGAGAAUCACCAGGCUCAGCUGUCCAGGUUUCAGCUGCAUGUGACCUCUGUGACUGAGGACAUCGUGACCAUGGAGAGCAAGCUGAACAGCACCAUCAUGACCCUGAAGAAGACUCUGGCCUCUGUGAAUCAAGUCAAGGCAACAAUAACCGAGCUGGAGACCGCUGUUGAGGAGCAAAGCGAUGACAUCAGCUCCUUGGAAGAGGUUGCUCAAGAGAACCAACAGAAAAUCGAGGCAGAAAAACAAACUGUUCACGGGGCAAAGGAAGAACUCGACAAGCACCAGAAAAUGGCAGAGGAUGUAGACAGCAAGUACACCUCUGUGAGAGAACGGAUCGAUCAACUUUCUGAGGAAAUGGAGCCGUUGAAGGACGAGCAGAUGAAACUGGAGACAGAGUGUGCGAAAUAUGAACGAAACCUUAAGAUAUUAGAAAACAAACUGAAGUCUCAUGAAGACAACAUCCAAGCCAUGAAAACUGACCUUGCCCAAAGAGAAGAGGAGUUACAGGAAUACGUGGCCAAAGCCUCAAAGAUCUGUCCCGAGCGGCAGCAGGUGACCGGCAACACCAAGAGCAUCGACACAGAAAUCACUCGGCUGCAGAAGAAGAUCAAGGUGUACGAGAGCAGCCACGGCGAGCAGGAUCAGGUGGUCAGGGAGUACGCUGAGGCCCUCGCUCUCUACAGAGAGAAAACCAACCAAGUGAAAGACCUGCGGAGGUUCAUCGAUCGACUUGAUAACAUCAUGUCAGACAGGCAGAACAGAUACAAAAUUAUGCGUAGGUCUCUCUCCGUCAGAUGCAAGUUAUACUUCAACAACUUCCUGAUAAAGAUGAACUGCUGCGGCUCAAUGAUUUUUGAUCACAACAAUGAGACACUCUCAAUCUCGGUGAAGCCUCCGGGCAGGGAGGAUGACGGUGUGAGUGACAUGCGGUCGCUGUCGGGUGGCGAACGCUCCUUCUCCACUGUUUGCUUCAUGCUCUCCCUGUGGGAGAUCACCGAAUCGCCCUUCAGAUGCCUCGAUGAGUUCGACGUCUACAUGGAUAUGCACAAUCGGAGAAUUUCGCUGGAUCUCCUCCUGGAGCUUUCAGAGCGGCAGCACCUCCGACAGUUCAUUUUCAUUACUCCUCUGACCACCAGGAGCCUACCCAAAACCAGGCUCAUAAAAAUCCACCAGCUUCAAGAUCCAGAGAGAAACCGGAGUGAAACAGGGGAUGAGGAUGUUUGAAAUGAGCUCCAGUGACUGAAGGAUAAAAAGUGACAGACAUGAGGAAUGUUUAUGUGCACAAUUACUGUAUAUAUCAGUAUUACUGUAUGUAUCCGUGAGUCUCUACAUGUAAACAUCUUUUCACUGUUUGUAUGUUUUUGGCUAUAGAUUCAUGACCAAAUAUUGUUGUAUGUGAACUUAUCCAAUUCAUAUUUGAUUGUUUUUGUCUCACUUGGAAGGUCUGUUUUUGCCCCGGCCAGGAAGAGCAGGGACUGGGCCAGGAUGACUGUAAACACAUUAGUUGAUCUCAGUCUGAAUGAGCAGCCAGAAUGCAAAGCAAGAGUGCUUGUACUUGGGAAGUCACGGGUCUGAUUCCUGCCACAGAAACCGCACACACAAAAUAACUUCCAUCAUGGUCAUGAAAAUAAGUUUGAGUCUUCUGCCAAAUGAACUAAUAAUAUAGACAAUAUAGAUGUUCUAAACAACACAGAACGUGAGUUACAUGUCAAAACUCACAUACUGUACAGCUUUAAACAUUAAGUACUGUUUUUGCUCACAAAACUAAUGAUACAGAUACAGACUAAUGUCAUUUUAACCAAAUGUUUUUUAAAUGAAAUUAGUCAGUAUCACUGUAGUUAUUUUCUAUUUAGUUUUUUUAUCCCUGUUUACUUUAUGGUGGUAGUAAUGUAACAAAUCAUGUGAUAAUUCUAUUUUGACAUUUUUAGUUGAAGUGUUAACUGGUCAUGACAGUAUCUUUAAAAAACGGUACACUGAAAAUGAUUUAGAAAAUAUUAUUUUACCUCAGAAGUCUGAGACUCUACUCAACCUGUCAGUAUUAAUAUUUUUACAACAAUUCAUCUGUAAAGUUUACGUAAUCACUGUUGAAAGUUAAUUAUAUUUGGGCUCUGUGGUAUAAAUAUGUGCACUAAUGCUCUCCAGUUCUCUCCUCAUUGUUUCUCAUCCGACAGUCAUUAACCGAUGAUUUCUGUGAAAGACUUUAACCACCGUUACAAUAAAUUUGUAGUAGAAAUCUUAA